CGCGCGGCGCCACGCGUCGACUGGCGGCGGCGGGCCGAACGGACCACCAUGGACUUCAUGGUGACGCAACGGCGGCCCAAACAGUCCUCUAUGGACUUCAUGAUGACGCAACGGCGGCCCAAAGGUGACGAAGUCUACUCUGAGGGCCGGCAGCGGGCAUGGACACUUCCAGUGAAGCCGGUAUUUCGCAAAUCCCUUCUGGUUUCGUCAAACCUGGACAGGUCUUCGUCAUCGCACUGGAGCCCCGCCUCUUCUCCCGUGCCUUCCUCGGUUGCAGACGGGUUCCUCUUAGGGUUCCGUCCGGCCCUGGUGUUCGCUCAGAUGUUCAGCUUGCUGCCAGUGAGCAAGCCGUCGGACGCCCAGCACGCGGAUUUCCGGUGGAAGUCGGCAAGGACCGUCAUCACGGCCAUCAUCAUCGCCCUGGCCAUCUUCAAGUCGAGCUUUUCCAUCAUCCGUAUGAUUGAGACCGGGGUCAAGUACAACACUUCAGUGAACGCCAUUUUCUUCACCAUGACCAUCACGGCGCAGGUGUUGUUCCUGCGCGUGAGCAGCGCGUGGCGCGGGCUGGUGCUGGCGGUGGGCCGCGUGGAGGCGGUCUUCAUCAGGGUCUACGGCAACCCGCACAAGCUGCGGCCGCGCAUGCUCGCCGUCACCGCGGCCGCCCUUGCCAUGGCGGUUGUGGAGCACGCUAUGGCCAUAAUGGGGACGCUGGGCUACGUGUGGCCAUGCUACCAGCGUGGAGGCGUUAGUCUUCUCCUCCAGGGCUACUUCCUCACCAAAUACAGGAAGACAUUCACGAUGAUGACGUUCACGGCAUGGAAGGCGGCUGUGGUGAUGGCGCUGCAGAUUAUCAACCACUUUGUCUGGAGCUUCCUGGAUCUGUUCGUGUCGCUCUUCGCUAUGGGACUCUCGGCUCGCUUUCAUCAGAUUAACAUUGAGCUAGAGGCCAUCAGCAAUGAGGCUCAGACACCCGAAUUUUGGAGGAGAAAGCGUGCCUUGUACAACGUUUUGGCUGAGUUGGUCAGACAAGUGGAUCUAGUCCUUGGCCCUGUCAUCCUUGUAUCCUACGCGUCGGAUCUGUACUUUAUUUGCCUUCAGACGCUGUCUAUAGUCAACCCUGUCAAUGUAUCGCGAUUCCACAAAGUCUACUUCAGCUUUUCACUGGCUUACAUCAUUCUGCGCACCACGUUUAUGACAUACGUAGCCUCCAACCUGAACGAGGAGAGCAAGAGGCCGAAGGACGUCCUUUUCGACCUGCCGUCAUCGAGCUAUUCCAUUGAGGCAGAGAGAUUCCUCACGCAAGUUCUCACGGACAAUGUAGCACUGACAGGGUGCAAUUUCUUUACGAUAUCCAGGUCAUUUUUGCUGACGGUUGGGGGCACGAUUGUCACGUACGUAGUCGUUCUGGUCCAGUUCAAUCGCGGGAAAGACGCCAAUCCAGACGCGGCCCUGAGCAACGGCACUGUCUCAUGCACUUGCGAAGACCUCAAGAUAUACUCAUGCUGAUUUUUUCAGAACAGACAGUUGGUGGUUCAAAGUCCACCACCUCUCAAUGUGACUUGUGUUUCAAGUAGGCAAAUGGUUGUUCAACUAACAUUUCGUAAUUUUCAACGUACCUGAGCGCGCACAUUUUAAUUUGUUACCUAAAUUUUAAAAAUUUAACAGUCUUCUCUUAUACUCUACAUAUCCUAAAGCAUACAUUGUACGCUCUACCUGGAGCAUGCUUGUAAGCACGCCGUUACUAGCGCAUGCCUUCAAAGCAAGCACUUACUAGUGCCUACAUGCCAUGUACACGCUUCCUGAUGCAGGCAAGUCCCUAUCACUUGUGCCCGAGAGGUAUGCGUCAGUUAGCGUGUAGUACAUGGCAUGUAUGCACUAGUUAAUGCGUGCUUGGCAAGCAUGCCCUAGCUAGAGCGUGCUUGCAGGCAUGCUCCAGGUAGAGCAUACAAUGUACACUUUCGGAUUUGUAGAGUACUUUCUUCCAUAAAGUGUUAAACAUUUUUUCUAAUAAACGA